AUGGAUAUAAAUAUUACAAGAAACGUAAUGCAUGUAUGUAUUUUGAUUGCAUUUGUCUGUUUAAUAUCGGUCAAGUGCAAUGCUCUCAGAGAAGACAAAUUUGUGUCUAACACAACAGAUUAUUGUCUGUGUAAAUCAAGUUGCGAGGAAUAUGCUUUCAGUGCGGAUGAAUAUGUAAACUAUACAACUAUUCUGUCUGAAGAGUUGAAGACAAAUGGUUUGCUAAGGAGCGGAUGGGAAAAGGCAAGAACGUAUAAGAAAUCACACCCUUCGCUGUCGGAAAAUGAAGUCCUGGCUGUAGUGACUUAUACACUAGACUACCCGAAAGUGUACAGUUAUUUCAAUUUUCUCACACGAACACGGGGGAUUAAGGAUGAAGUAUACCCGUUUAAAGCAAUGCAUUUCUUCCUAAGUUCUGCCGUUCAUAAACUUGCCAUUAGCUACCCGCAGAGUACGUUCCGGUGCGAAACUUCGCGCCAAACAUUCGCUGUUGGCAACAGCUUCAGUUUUAAACAGUUCGCCUCUACAACGACGGACUUCUUUUCGGCGCUUCAGUUUGGAGACUUUUGUUUGCAUCUAAUGACACUAAGAGGAGCCCCAAUUUCUUCAUUGUCAGUGUUUCCUGCUGAGAAGGAAGUCUUAAUACCAAGCUGCGAAACCUUUGAAGUGGUUCCCGUGGAAGAAGACACGCCGUUUUAUGCUAGACUGCGAUCCACCGGGGGGAUAGGAGGCAUGGGGAGUGGGCCAAACAACGGACUUGGAUGA